GUGGAAGUUUUGCCUAGAACGCGAAACAUCCUUGCACCCGCCCUGCCUAAGAGCCGUUAACAUCAAUAUUUGUUACCUAUCAAAAGAAAUUGAUGAGCAUCAAUAGGUCACUAAGCUAUUGCGAGCAACCUGGAAAUGUGUUUAUCAGUAAACAUAUCUACACAUCUCUAUGCAGAUUACAUAGUCUGUAUUUUAAUUCACAUCAGCACGGCACAUUAUGCCUUCCGUUAUGAAUUGUUAAUUGCAAAGCAUUUUGGAAGUUGGUAGGUUGCAGUGUUUUGAACUGCAAGCAGCAGCAUUGGGUUUUGGGUUGGUUGUUGUAUAUAACUAAACACGAGAACCAUGUUUGCUGGGAGUUGCUGGCUGUGGGUGGGCUGCAGUCUCUCUAUUCUAAGGGCUGCCUUCAUUCUCUUGAGCUGAUUGCGUGAAGCUGAGGAGUCUGUAUACGAAAUAGAAGGGGAAAACGCCAGGAUUCAAAAUGCAGAUUCCUGUCUCCAGAUUCCUAGAAGCUUGAGUUGGCUAGAAAAUGAAGGGAGCUGCAUCUCCGUUUCUUUGCAUUUUCAAUAAAUUGGUCCAGGCGAUGAAUAGAUUCAUAGAUUCUAGGACUGGAAGGGCCCUCGAGAGGUCAUUGAAUCCAGUCCCCUGCCCGCAUGAAGCAAAACUCUUCCUGACACCAAGUUGGUGGCAAUUGCUUCGUUGACAUCAUAGACGGAUGCUGACUCUUGGGGUUUUGGCGGGUGGGGGUGCUACAGAUAUGCUGACUCUACGUGUAGCACUGUUAUGUAGGACACCAGAGUCACCUUUUAUUGCCUGCAACGUGAUGUUUGCUCAACUCGGCAGUAUGAAGUAUACACACCAGCACUCACCUCUGCCUGUUUUAGAAGCAAUAAGUAACGAGCCCUGAAAAGGUUGGGGUUUAAUUGCUGUGAAAAAGCCACUGAAUGAGGUAGCUUUUUGCACAGCUUGUCUGGCUUCCCAGCAACGACGUUCUUUUACACACAGUGCUGCCUUUUCAUCUCUUGGCGUCGGGGUGGUUUCCUGGCGCAUUCCUACCUGGAAGCAAGAGAGGACUUGCCUGAAUUGGCUUUCUUGGCAGGACGCCACCUGCUCAGGCAAUGGCUCAGUUCCCCCAGCCUUGCCUGGACUCUGCCCCCUCUCCCUCUCCUCCACCCCGGCUAGAAUUCUGUCACAGCCUUCCCACCUACUCCUGGGACCUGUCCGGCGCACGCGUGUCCCCCUCCUCGGGUCCACUCCCCCGCGACGCUUGGCACACCCCACCCCCUUCCGCAAAGUCACUCCAACCCCAGCUACGCUGUGCGUGCGAAAGUCUCCAGGCCGGGCCUGGGCCUGUUUGCGCCUCCUUGCUGUCUCAGCUGUGUGGAACAGGCAUGUCAUUCGCUGUCCCAGCUGCUGUACAGUGCCAGGCACAGUCCAUAAUGCCUGAAGUCCGAGACCUUUCAGAUGCCUUGCCAGACGUGCCAAUGGAUCCUAUCACAGGCGUUGGGGUGGUUGCAUCUCGGAACCGGGCACCUACAGGUUACGACGUAGUUGCACAAACAGCAGAUGGCUUGGAUGCUGAUCUCUGGAAAGAUGGCUUAUUUAAAUCCAAGGUCACAAGAUACCUGUGCUUCACAAGAUCGUUUUCGAAAGAAAAUAGCCAUUUAGGCAACGUCCUGGUCGACAUGAAACUAAUUGAUAUCAAGGACACGCUUCCUGUGGGCUUCAUCCCCAUCCAGGAGACAGUCGAUACACAAGAAAUAGCUUUCAGAAAGAAGAGGCUCUGCAUCAAAUUCAUCCCUCGAGAUUCUACGGAGGCUGCUAUUUGUGAUAUCCGAAUCCUGGGCAGAUCGAAGCAGGCCCCUCCACAGUACACAUUCAUAGGGGAACUUAACAAUAUGGGUAUUUGGUACCGAAUGGGCAGGGUUCCACGAAACCAUGACUCCUCGCAACCCGGGACACCUUCUUCCCAAGUACCAGCUUCAACACCAGCUCCUAACCUGCCGAGGCACAUAUCUCUGACGCUUCCCGCGAGCUUUCGAGGCAAAAGUAACAACUCCCGACUCGACUUUGAACACCAGCACUCAAAUUUAUAUGCCAUAUCAGCCAUGGAUGGAGUGCCUUUUAUGAUCUCAGAUAAGUUUGCCUGCGCUCCUGAAGGGAUGCAGCAAGUUGAUCUCUUGGGCAUCACAAUCAAAUCCCUGGCAGAAAUCGAAAAGGAGUAUGACUACAGCUUCAGGACAGAGCAAAGUGCUGCUGCCCGGCUGCCCCCCAGCCCCACUAGAUGUCAGCAGAUGCCACAGUCCUGAGGAGCGAGGGAAGGCCGGCUCCCUGGAGACGCGGCGCAUGCGCACAGAUACUACUGAUGGGAGGCGAGCCCUGAUGAGCAGUGUUACUGGAACCCUUCUCGGCAGACAGGACGCUUUUCUAACGACUUGCCUUCCUUCCUGCGCUUUCCCCGAUCAUUCUGUACAUGUUGUUUCUGAGAUUUGGACUCUGUUAACCCUUUCUGCCAGGCGCCCUCACCCCUUAGCCCUGCUGGGGCAGUUUCUGGUCAGGAGUCCCUUAGUUAAAGCUUGACCGAUGACUUCCUCAGUUCUCCCUGCUUUAUAGCACCUGCUGCAGCGUGCUCACUGCAAUACAGAUCUGGAGUCAAAUGCUGCAAGCCAGGGGCCCCAGCUCGUGGGACUCUGGAGAGAUUCCCAGCAAUGAGCCCUGCUAGGAUAGAGCGUUUGGGGAAAUGAGGCUAAAGAUACAGCCAGUUAGUCCACAACUCACAAAAUGCACCAGCUUAAACUGACAACUGAGGUGCAGCAGGAUAAACUGCCCCAGCUGCCCCUCUCAGUACAGCAGGGUUCUCUGGUUUGUGCAGGGUCAGCGGUCCAGGCCUUUCAAGUCCUUUGAUUUAAGCUAACCCUGAGUAAUGGUAAACCCUUCCUCUGCUUCUCCAAGUCCAGACUGCCCAACAGCUCACUUGUGGCCAGGAUACACCUGAGACCUUAAUGGUUUUUGUUACUUUCAGUUCACGUAGCCAGGGUCGCUCGCUCGCUCAGAUCCACUUAGGGCUCUCUCCCAAGUCGCUGGCAAAGUGGAGUAGCUCGAAGAGCACAGGGAUCUCAGUGGCACCUCUCCCUGGCCCAAAGAGGCUGCGUGUCCAUUGCCUGGAAGUAGAGGAUCGUGGCAAAUGUUGCGUAGCUCUCUCUGGCCUAUGGAGAGCAAGCCAGACAGACCUCAGCAAUGCCAUCCUGACUUCUCCCAGCCACCCGAAAGCUUUGCCAUGGCACCUGCCCAUAAAGUGGGCAUUGGAACCUGCCAGUUUCUUUGGCAGUUUUCAAACAUUUGCCCCUGCUGGCUGCUAAAAGGAAGGAGAUUUGUGCGCCCUGUCCCUGCACACUGCUGCACUCGGGGAGGGAAAUGCUAAAGCCUGACCAUGUCGGACAAGGCUGAGAUAGUUCCACUGGGCAAGUGUUUGAUGCAUUAAACCCUGACCUCAGCAUGCUUACAAGUGGUGUCCCUGGCUCACUCCUGAGUCAAAUGCAUGUCUUGGUGAAGUCUGUUGCUGUAAUAAGUUCUUUAGAAGCAUUCAUCUGAGCUCUGUGCUGCUUUUCAAGUCUGCUGUGGAACAAAACUACGUUACAGCAGCGAAAUGGCAUUUUUUAAAAGUAAGUGUUGAAGUGUGCAACUUUUUGUAUUGUAAAAGACAGGUUGUCUAACCCUAUUAAAAUGCAAUUGCCACAGUAACAAAUACUGGUAUUGUAGCUCUGGGUUUGGGUUAUUCGGACCCGCUUUGCACUGCUUUUGACUUUCCUGAAUUCUCUAGUCUAACAGAAUGUUGACGAAUAGUAGGUUUUGUACUGUUGGUUUGUGUAUUUCGUAUUUGUACAGAUGUAAAAUAUUUCUUGUCCAAUGAUCCAUUUCUGGCUUCAAAGCACUGUACCAUGUUUCUGGGGGGAAAUAAGUGCAAAACACCAUAGCAUUCUGAGUAGAACCUGAUUCCAGUUCUCUGCUUUGACUCUCCAGACCAGUCUCUCUUUUACUAACUGCCUCUUAGAGACCAGCUCUGUUGUUGGAAGAAUGGGCGUAUAUGGUUAUAAAAGGGUCAGGUCUGAGCACAAGAUUUAGGGCCUGUAAUAUUUGGCAUCAGCUGGUGUAGGCCUGGGUGACUCCCA